AUGUUCUCCAACGCCCUAAAGUCCUUCACCUCCAACAUCUCGAGCAACUACACCCUCAGCCCACAACCCACGUCCUACUCGGGGCCAUGGAAGAUAUACGACGCAAAGAAGAAGUCGACUGGGAAGGCGGCAUCUGUGUUUGUCUUCGACAAGAAGUCGCUGGAACCGCCAGCAGGCGCAGGCUUUGGUGGACGGUCGGCUGCAUCUGGACUGAAGCGCGCUCAUGAAGAAGUCGUGGAAAGAUUGAAGAAGGAGGCCAGUUCGCUCGCCCGUUUACGGCAUCCCAGCGUACUGGAGCUGGCAGAACCAGUCGAGGAGACUCGCGGCGGAGGCUUGAUGUUUGCAACCGAGCCCGUCACCGCUUCUCUUUCUGGCCUGUUGCAGGAAAAAGAUGAGCAAGAAAGGGCCGGCGGUGUUGGUGGCCGUCGUAGCCGAUACGUGGUCGAAGAAGCCGACGGCCAGAAGCGAAGACGCGAACUCGAGAUUGAUGAGCUGGAGAUACAAAAGGGCUUGCUACAAAUUGCAAAAGGGCUGGAGUUCUUGCACGAGAGCGCCGGCUUGGUACACGCCAACCUGACACCAGAUGCCAUCUUUAUCAAUGCCAAAUCCGACUGGAAAAUUUCAGGCCUGGGCUUCUCAACCCCUCCAGAAAAUUCCACAAAGCCCACAUCGGUAACGCCAAUCUCGCUCUCUGAAGUGCUCAACUAUGACGCCCGGCUACCACGACAUGUCCAGCUCAACAUCGACUACUCGUCACCCGACUUCGUCAUGGACAACAACAUAACUCCCGCGGCAGACAUGUUCAGUCUGGGCAUGUUGAUCAUUGCGCUGUACAACUCGCCGCACAAGAGUCCACUAGAUUUCAAUGGGAGUUCGUCUUCAUACAAACGCGCAUUUUCUUCGGCCUCUUCGGUCCCCAGCAAGACCAACAACUUCAUGUCCUCUCAGCCUUUGCCGCGAGAUGUCACCACGGGCGUCCUGGAUCGCCUGAUCACCAGACGACCCGCCCAGCGAUUGAAUGCGCGAGAGUUCCAGCAGGCGCAAUACUUUGACAAUAUCUUGGUCUCCACUAUCCGAUUCCUUGACUCACUUCCUGCAAAGACCCCUAAUGAGAAAACACAGUUCAUGCGCGGUCUUCCACGUAUUCUGAACCAGUUUCCCAAGUCCGUCCUCGACAAGAAGAUACUUCCUGCCCUGCUUGAAGAGAUGAAGGACCGUGAGCUCCUUACCCUGAUACUGCAAAAUGUCUUCAAGAUCAUCACAAUGCUUCCGUCGGGCAAACGAGCUUUCAUAGACAAGGUGAUUCCAAAACUACGUGAGACUUUCCUGAGUGCGGCAGCAGCCAACAAUAAAGCACCAGCUCAAGAAAGGGAUAGCCUGAAAGAAGCCGGGCUCAUGGUACUGCUUGAAAACAUGCAGGUUGCUGCCGAUAACUCAAGUGGCAAGGAGUUCAAAGAUGACAUACUUCCAAUCAUCAACUACGCGCUCGAAUCUCCCACUCAUUCGCUGGUUGAUGCAGCCCUGCGUACCCUACCUAUCGCUCUACCGAUACUAGACUUUUCAACUGUGAAGAACGAACUCUUCCCUGUGAUAGCUAACAUCUUUGCAAAGACCAGUAGUAUGGGUAUCAAGAUCCGCGGUCUGGAGGCAUUCAAGACCCUAUGUGGUGGUGGAAAUGAAGAACAAGACGACUUCCAAGGGGACGGUUUGACUGGAGUGGUAGCAGCGCCAAAGGCCAAAACCUCAAACGUAUCGAUUUUGGACAAGUACACUAUUCAGGAGAAGGUUGUCCCGUUGCUUCGCGGCAUCAAGACCAAGGAGCCUGCAGUCAUGAUGGCUGCACUAGACGUGUUCAAGGCGAUCAGCAACCAGGUCGAUAGCGACUUCUUAGCGAUGGAUAUUCUUCCCAUUCUUUGGUCCUUCAGCUUGGGGCCUCUUCUCAAUCUACCGCAAUUUCAAGCAUACAUGAGCCUCAUCAAGACGACAUCAGCGCGUGUAGAGAACGAGCAGACCCGCAAGCUGCAAGAGCUUGGCGCAAACAAUGCGACAGCCACCACACGGAACGAGUUUAUGACCUUUGGCGGCCCGUCGAAUACGAAUGGUUUCGAAACAAGCAACGGGAAUGGCGACACUGACUUUGAAGCACUUGUACGCGGCGAUAAACAAGGAGCAUCCGGUGGUACAGACAUGCUGGGUGGGGAUCCUUGGGCAAACGGCUCAGCAUCCGCUGCAUCAUCUACCGUCCCCCCCUCACGACCAUCUGCCAAUCGAUCAAACAACGCAUCACCAGCAGCAACCUUCUCAUGGUCCACAGCACCCGUAUCCCCACCACCCAACACCAACCUCUCCGCGCCGAGACAACAGAGUCGUGCAGUUACCCCCGACAGUACGCUCAACACGCUCAACACAUCUUUCCCAGCACUAAGUGCAGCAAACCCGGGCAUUGGUAGUUCCUCUUUCGCCCCACCACCGCAGCAGCAGCAGGUCCGACCGGUCAUGAGCAUGAACAACAUGAUGACCUCAAGCACACCAACACCCUCAUAUGGUGCCAACACGCAAAGCUCUAGCAUCGACUGGAGCAAAGCAGGUUCAUCGAUGGCCUCUUCGAACACAUGGGGUAAUAUUUCCGCCGCUACAAACACCGCUUCCAACCAAACAAGUUCCUUUUCUAGCUUCCCUGCCAUAGCACCUCCGCCUUCGCAGGGUAGACAGGGUAGCCCGUACUCUUCAUUCAGCAUCGCACCUCCGCCGAUGAAGCCGACGGGUGCUAGUUCGUUUAGUAUACCGCCGCCGCCAAUGGGGAAUAGUAUGAAUAGCAUGACUGGCUUGAGGGCGCAAACGCAGACGCAGAAUCAGCAGCAGCAGAGGACGCAGCAGCAACAACAGGUUCAGCAGACGAAUUGGGGCAGUGGAGGGGAUAGCUUGAUAUGA